GAACGAAAUGUUGAUCCGGAAUGGACACUACUCUAUUAUCUUAGAGAUAAAUUACGUCUCUGUGGUACUAAAAUGGGAUGCGGGGAAGGUGGUUGUGGGGCAUGUACUGUUAUGGUAUCUAAAUAUCUUAGAAAGAAGGAUCAAAUAGUACAUAUCCCAGUAAACGCAUGUUUAGCCCCAGUAUGUGCAAUGCAUGGUUUGGCGGUUACAACCGUCGAAGGUAUAGGUUCUACAACGACCAAAAUUCACUCCGUCCAAGAAAGAAUAGCGAAAGCUCAUGGUUCUCAAUGUGGAUAUUGCACUCCAGGAUUUGUUAUGUCAAUGUAUACGCUCUUAAGGAAUCAACCCAAGCCGACAAUGGAUGACUUGAAAACAGCCUUUCAAGGGAACCUAUGUCGCUGUACAGGAUACAGACCCAUAAUGGAAGGAUUUAAAACAUUCGUGGAACAUCCGGACUGCGAAAAAAUUACGAACGGUUUAGGUAACACGAAUUUCAACGGGUGCCCCAUGGGAAAACAAUGUUGUAAAAAUAGGAACAACGAAGAAAAAGAAGAUAAAACAUAUGCAUUGUUUCAAGUAAGUGACUGCAAACCGUACGAUCAUACGCAGGAGCCCAUAUUUCCUCCAGAAUUAAAAAUUUCUAACGGUUUUGACGAUCAAAGUUUGGAGUUUAGAGGUCCUCGUGUUACAUGGUUCAGACCCAUAUCGUUAGAAUCCCUUUUGGAACUAAAACAACGUUUUCCCGAAAGCAAAAUAAUUGUCGGAAACACAGAAGUUCGUGUAGAAGUAAAAUUUAAAAACCAACUUUACCCAAUACAUAUCAGUCCCAGCUGCAUUCCUGAAAUGACCGAAAUCCAAUUAACGGAUAAAGGGGUAAAAGUAGGAGCUUCCGUCACAUUGCAAAACCUAGAAAGUUUUCUACGAAUACAAACAGAAUCUCAACCGGAAACUAAAUUGCGUAUUUUCGAAGCAAUCCUUGAUAUGCUAAAGUUGUUUGGUGGAAAACAAAUUCGCAACAUGGCAUCAGUUGGUGGCAACAUAAUGACUGGAAGCCCGACUUCUGAUUUAAAUCAUAUAUUUAUGGCGGCCAAAGUUGAAUUAGAAAUUAGAAGUCAAGCCGGUGGUUCCAGAACAAUCCAAUUGGAUGAGAACUUUUUUACAGCAUAUCGCGAAAAUGUACUGAACGGAAGUGAAGUGUUAAUUUCUUUAGUGAUACCAUACACUGAAGAAAAUCAAUUCUUCUGUGCUUUCAAACAAUCCCGUAGACGAGAAGAUGAUAGAACAAUCGUAAAUUUAGCUCUCAAUACUCAUAUAUCACCUAUAACUAAUACAGUUCAAGAUAUUCGUAUUUGUUUAGGUGGAAUGGCUGCUACAACUACGUAUGCCAAAACCACAAGUGAAUUUCUUAAUGGUAAAACGUGGAAUGAGGAAAUAUUAGAUUUAGCUUUAGACUUACUUUUAACUGAUUUACCCCUAACCCCAUCGGCACCAGGAGGAAUGAUGCUCUACAGACAAUCCUUGUCGUUAAGUCUUUUCUUUAAAGCUUUCUUAAAAAUACUGUCUCAACUCAAACAGGAUAACUCUAACUUCCAUGCAAUAUAUGAAACCGAUUUGAGUGCAAUUAAAGAUUUUGAUACCACUGUCAUAAAAUCUUCGCAAUACUAUCGUGAGACGUCUAAAAUAUCCCAGUACGAUACCAUCGGUACUCCUGUGGUACAUUUCACUGCUUUUCAGCAAGCAACAGGCGAAGCUGUUUACUGCGACGAUUUGCCUCAUUUUAGUAAUCAGUUGUAUAUGGGCAUCGUUUGGAGUACUAAAGCACAUGCAAAGAUAAAAUCCAUAGACCCAAAACCUGCUUUAGAAAUGGAAGGGGUACAAGCAUUUUACUGUGCAAAGGAUAUUCCAAAAGAACGUAACAUAUUUGGAUUUAUUGUUCAUGAUGAAGAAGUAUUUGUUUCUGAAACUUGCGAAAGUCCAGGGCAGAUUUUGGGGGUUGUAAUUGCCGACGAUAAAUUACUUGCACAAAGGGCAGCGAAGAUGGUAAAGGUUGAUUAUGAAAACCUUCACCCCGUUAUAGUUUCUAUAGAAGAUGCCAUAAAAUAUGAAUCUUACCUACCAGAUUCGUAUCGAGAAAUGGGAAGAGGAAACGUUGAUGCAGCUUUUAAGAUCAGCAAAUAUGUUGUUGAGGGAGAAGUUAGAAGUGGCGCACAAGAACAUUUCUAUUUGGAACCAGCAGCUGUUAAUGUUCUUCCAAAAAAUGAAAAUAACGAAAUUGAAGUCUAUUGUACAACACAAGAUCCCACAAGUGUUGCGAGAGCUUUGUCGACCGUUUUGGAGAUUCCACAAAAUCGUAUCGUAGUCAAAGUGAAAAGGGUAGGUGGAGCGUUUGGUGGAAAGGAGACAAGACCGACGGCUCUUGCACUUCCUGCAGCAUUUGCAGCUCAAAAACUUAAACGACCUGUUAGAUGCAGUUUAGACAGGGACGAAGAUAUCUUGUAUAAAGGAACCAGAAAUCCAUUUUUAAUGAAAUACAAAGUAGCUUUCGAUGAAAGUGGAUUUAUGUCGGCCAUAGAAUUAAAUGUUUAUGUCAAUGCUGGACGAUCUACAGACUUAAGCGUCAUGGUAUUGGAAAGAGCACUGUUACAAUUCUUUAGUGCUUAUAACACCGAGAAUGUCAAAUUCACUGGAAUUUGUUGCAAAACUAAUUUGCAAACAUGUAUCGCAUACAGAGGGUUCGGAAGCCCCCAGUUGACAUUGGCUACCGAAUGUGCCGUUCGAGAAGUAGCUGACGCGCUCAACAAAGACGUUACAGAAAUAAUGCAGAAAAACUUUUUCAAAGAAGACGAUCUUACAUGUUAUGGAAGCGAAACAGACUCUUGCACGUUGCAGAAAUGUUUUGAUGAGUGUCUGUCGAAGUCGAGCUAUUUUGACAGGAAAAAAGAAAUCGAUGAAUAUAAUAGGAAAAAUAGGUGGAAAAAACGUGGUAUCACAGUUGUUCCUCUGCUUUACGGUAUUGGAUAUACAGACGCUUUUAUGAAUUGUGGAGCAGCAUUGGUAAAUGUUUAUACAGACGGCUCCGUCCUUUUAACACAUGGAGGGAUGGAGGCAGGACAGGGCAUACACACGAAAAUGAUACAGAUCGCAAGUAGGGUACUAGAAGUACCAAUAUCAAACGUUUUCAUUAGUGAAACUUCGACCGACAAAGUACCCAACACAAUGCCCACAGCUGCUAGCGUCACCUCUGAUUACAACGGUCUUGCUGUAUUGGUAAUGGAUGGGGCAUUACAUGUAAAAUCGAUUCCUAAAUUUUUCAACCCUCUCAGUGUUUUACUGUAUGAUACGAUCAUUUGUAUUUAUAAGUCCAAUGAUUCUUGCCAUAAUUUUUAUGAGUGUAGUAUUGAGUUUCAUUUUUUCUCUUAUCUUCAAUUUUCAUUACGUUGGGCACUUUCUAUUUAUAUAGGUAUCUAUUCUAUUUAUUAAAACUUACGUGAUAUUGUUAAAAAAAACAGUUAUUUUCCGAGCCGUUUUGUUGUGUUUGAUGCAGAUUUGCUGUGUCAGAUGUUUCGCUGCUCGUUGGAAAAUCCUCAGUGACGACCGGGUUGGUAGCUCUGACUCUGACAGGCAAUUGUUUUAAUUGUUUUCAUAUUAAUUUGUGUUUCAAACGGUAACAGACAUAACUAAUCAAAAAAAGUGAUUUUUUCCAAAAUAAUAUGUCAAAAGGAGUGUCUAUUAAUUAAAAAGAACUUACCUAGAAGAAAUGAUUACAUAUCUGACAAUAUUACUAAACUAUUUUGACUCCUAAUAUAAAUGAGAAAUAUUCAUAGUGUCACCUAUGUAAUCCAUCAUGAAAACUGAAAAAGUUAGGAACCGAUUUGACUUUGAAUGCACUAAAUACGUAGAAGAUGGACGGGAUAGUUUGAAGAAAUUGCUUUCCCGUCCAUUACCUACUCAUUACUGUGCUCUUUCAAAAAUUACUGGUUAUUUCUUAUGUAUGCAUGUUUAGGACGCUUGUGAAAAGAUUAAAAAUCGUUUGGAACCGUUUAAAGAAAAAAAUCCAAAUGGAACUUGGAAUGAUUGGGUUACCGCCGCGUUUUUUG